CAGUGCCAGAAGGCCAAGAAAGGGAGCUGCUUUGGCCUGUGACGGGUGUGAUCAAAGGCAUCAGCUGGAUCAGUAGGCUGUUCCAGCUUUGAAAGAAGUGAUUCUCUCAAAUGGCUGCCCAAUGUCCUUGUAGAUGCAAAGUUUGAGGCCGAGGCUUUGUCCAAUCAGCUCCUGGACAAACAAGUGCCACGGCACAAGCUUCCGUCAAUCUUUCACUCCAAUUGCCUCUACAUAUCCUGCAUUGUUCUUCAAGAUGGCAGCCAAAAUGACUGUCAAGGAACUCCGUGCAGAAUUGGCGCAGAGGAACCUGGACACAACAGGAUUAAAAGCUGCAUUGGUUGCUCGAUUGGAGGAGGCUGAUGGAAGCACAGCUGCUGCAGCAGGGGCCACAGCGAGCUUGGAUGGCCCCCAACAGGGAGACAAGGGGAAAAGAAAAGCAGCUGCAGCUGCGAAGGAUGAGGAAGCCGCUAAACCAGGGAGGGCUUCAAAAAGGGGGAAGAACAAAGAGCCUGAGCCUGAGCCUGAGCCCGAGCCCGAGGAGGAAGAAGAGGAGGAAGAGAGGAUGGUCACUGCUACAAAGAAAGGGCGAGCCGUCUUGGACAAGCAUCUGCCAGAUCACGUGCAGAGGAGCCAUCAUGUCCUUUCAGAUGGGGAGGAGGUUUUUGACUGCAUGCUAAACCAGACCAACGUUGGAGCAAACAACAACAAGUUUUACGUCAUACAAGUCCUUGAGUCUGACAGUGGCAAGAGCUAUUCUGUGUGGACUCGCUGGGGAAGAGUUGGCGUUCCUGGGCAAAACAAGCUGCAGUCUGGCUAUGACAAGGAGGGCGCCAUUCGCGAGUUUGAAAAGAAGUUCUUCGAGAAAACCAAGAACUACUGGUCCGCAAGACAUGACUUUGCUGCCGUCCCAGGCAAAUACACCUGGCUAGAGAUGGACUACGAUGGGCCCGAAGAUGAGCAGGACGAAAAGCUGAAGGCACUAAGCGAGAAGGACAAGGGGAAAAGCAAAGCACCAGUCAAGUCCGCGGAGUCGAAGUUGGACUCUAGAGUUCGCGAACUCAUUGAGUUGAUCUGCAACCUUGACAUGAUGAGCCAGCAGAUGGUCGAGAUAGGUUACGAUGCUCGGAAGAUGCCGCUAGGAAAGUUGAGCAAGAAGACGAUCAUGCGGGGCUAUGAAGUGCUGAAAAAGAUAUCCGCUGCCAUGGAAAGCAAGCAGAACAACAAGCUUGCUGAGUUAAGCAGCGAGUUUUACACCGUCAUUCCACACGACUUCGGCUUCAAGAAAAUGAGUGACUAUGUGAUCAAAUCGCCGGCAAUGCUCAAGAAGAAGCUAGAAAUGGUUGAGGCCUUAGCGGAGAUUGAGUUGGCCACCAAGCUGCUCGGAGGAGACGGCGAGGCCUCUGACGUCCACCCUGCCGAUCAAAACUACGACCGAUUGAAUUGCGACCUCGAGCCUGUGGACGACGACAGCGAAGAAGCCAAGAUGCUGCGGAAGUAUGUGCAGAACACGCACGGGCAUACCCACAGCGGGUACAAGCUGGUGGUGGAGCAGAUCUUCAAGGUCCGGAGACAAAGCGAGGAGGAGCGGUACAAGCCGUACUCCGACAACCAUAACCGCAUGCUACUCUGGCACGGGUCCCGGCUGACCAACUGGACUGGCAUCCUCUCUCAAGGUCUGCGCAUUGCACCGCCAGAGGCGCCGGUGACUGGCUACAUGUUCGGCAAGGGCAUCUACUUCGCCGACAUGGUGUCCAAGAGUGCCAACUACUGCUUCACCUCCGCUACCAACCCAACCGGCAUCCUGGCCCUUGCAGAGGUUGCGCUCGGGGAUAUGUACGAGCUCCUCGAGGCGAACUACGAGGCCGGAGAUAUGCUCGAAAACGGGCAGAUGAGCACCAAAGGCAUCGGCAAGACCGCCCCCGAUCCUGCACAAGACGUGCUCUUGCCCAAUGGAGCGAAGGUCCCUCUGGGCACCCCGAAAAACACAACUAACGGCCGGAGUUACCUGCAAUACAACGAGUUCAUCGUGUACAAGGAGGCACAGGCAUGCAUGCGCUACUUGCUGAAAGUGAAAUUCCAAUACACCUACGGUUCGAGCUAUUAGAGGUUACGCUUGAUUUAGACGACCAUAUGUCGUACAGCCCUUCAUGAUGAUCAGAGUGCAAAGCGCACUUCGACUUAAAGAGUUCUUAUUGGACUUGUAAGAUUCAAGUUUGGCAGGCGGAAUAAGAAGACCAGCGAGCAACUUUCAACCCCUGGCUGGGGCAGCAUUGAGAUUUACAACUCGGAACGGCAGGGCCGGUAUGCUUGAUGCAAUGUUAAUCCAAAUCUCUUACUAUAACCUAUUCAAGC